AUGGCAGAGUACUCCAAAGCACUUGAGUUUCACGAAAAAGCACUUCGAAUUUUUCAACGAGCCCUUCCUCCAAGUCAUCCUGAUUUGGCUAUUACCUACCAUAAAAUCGCUUCACUGUACUAUGACAUCAAAGAAUAUCCAAAAGCACUUUUGUUACACGAAAAAGCGCUUGCAAUUAGUAAAGAAACUCUGCUUCCAAACGACCAUGAUUUGGCUACUUUCUACCAUAAUGUCGGUUCGACUCAUGUCGAAAUGAAAGAGGAUUCCAAAGCACUUUCGUUUUAUGAAAAAGCACUCGAAAUUUUCAGAGAAACUCUUCCACCAAAGCAUCCUGAUAUGGCGAGUUUCUUCAACCGUAUCGCUUCGCUGUAUUACAGAAUGGAAGAGUACGCGAAAGCACUGGAGUUUCACGGAAAAGCACUCGAAAUUGGUCAAGAAACUCUUCCUUCAAAUCAUCAUUCAUUGGCUACAUUCUACCACAAUGUCGGUUCGGUGUAUUACUGCAUCGGAAAGUAUUCAGAAGCACUUUCACAUUUUGAACCUGCCUUAAAGAUUUUCGAAAUUUCAGCGCAUGCAAACGAUUCUCGUCUGCAAAGUGUGAAAACAAUUAUUCAAAUUGUAAAGAAGAAAUUAUAG